AUGGUUGUCGUACAUGCGUAUCAUCUUCUUCAGCUCCCGGUUCUUCCGGAUACUGUCCCCGACUCUCAGUCCUCUCAGAGAGUCUCCCAGUCGCCUCCUUUUGUUGUACCACUGGUUCCUCCGUUUGCUUCACCACAUGUGCAUCAUGAUCAUGUUCCAGAGGAGGUGCCUCCUGCUCCUGCAGCCGGGAUUCAUCCCGAUUUGUUGGUGCCGCCGAGUGCGCCUUACACUAUUUACACCGUCGAGGACCUUCUCGCUCAGCCAGACAGAGAAGGUUUACCAGUCUUAGGCCCCGACCGACCUGAAAAUACUUUCUGGUUUGGGGUUGACGGUUGUGUCGCUCGGACCGUAACCGAGGCGAUCAAAGGCUACUUCUCCGAGCCACAUCCAAACUGGAAAAUAACGCCGGACUACAUCAGAAAGACGUGGUUCAAAUGUUCGUUCAAAAUUGCAUUGGUCCAUAGGGGUGAACGAGAAGGUGAAGAAAGCGUUUAUCUCAAAGGCGAAGAAAGCGUUUAUCUCGAAGGAGAAAGCUCGAUUGGUUAUGAGCACGGGAAACCCGCUGAGAUCACUCAGGAUGUGUGGGAUGGCCUCAUCCGUUAUUGGAACAUGCCAUCAUUGAUUAGAGCCUCCAACAGUUGCUCUGCUUCCUGUCUAACGAAAGAUGAGCAUGUCAACUUGCCGAUGAUUCACUCUACGGGUCAAAAACCCCAUGCCGGUAUCCGUCUAGAGAUGGCCAAAGAGAGGGGAUUUCUACCAUCUCUUAAGAACCUUUACGAGAGGACCCACAAGAGCAAGGCUGGGAAAUUUGUAGAUCUCAGGUCUGAGCAGAUCUACAACGACGUGGUUUCUCGGAUUGAAGAGCGCCAAACCCAGCUGACCCAGCAGUCCCCCGAUGGAAUACCCGUCACAUUGUCCACACCUGAAGUAGAUAAGAUUUACGAGAAGGUCAUCCCUAAGAAAAAGGGACAUACGUUGGGGAUCGGUUCCAUUAACAAUGUCCCAAGAGCGACAUCGUCUUAUGGUCAGAGACGGGGAGAUGAGACUCCUCAGUGA